AUGUUUUUAUAUGCGUCACACAACCAAAAUGAGCACAUAAUGGCUUGUGUACCAAAACAACCACCAAAUAAGCAUAGGAAAACUUGCCAAUGUCUCUGGGUUCAGCAAACGAGGCAUAUAUCACUUGACCAAAUUAACUGUAGGUCUUCCAAACCUCCAGCAGCUUGCAGAUCUUCCACAACUCCAUCAACUUAUAGGGAGUGUUACCUAAAGACAGAGCAUGUAACCACGUGGCAUAUGUGGUUAGCAACUCAAAACUUGAUAAACAAUUUAAAGCAGAAUAUGUGGCCUUUGAUCAUAGAUGGCUGGUGGCUACAAAGAACAGAAAUCAAUGCAUCUUAUAAGCUUGCUUGUGGUCGCAUUGCUACAAACAGAAAUCAAACUGAACUAGUAGACAUCCUGUAG